UUUUCUCCGUGGUGCAGUUACAUUAUGAAAACGGGUGUUUUCGUGUUUUUUCUGUUGGGUUUUGCCUUUGCGGAUCUUGACAAUGCUUUACGGCAGGACUCUGGAGGAUCUAGAGACCAGUGCGUGGGAUAUUGCUUAUCCGUAUUCAAACCGUUUAUAGAUAACUGCGCGGAAUUUAGAGAAGCAGCUAAUGCCAAAAACGAACAGAAUGAGAAAGUUAUCAGUAAUUUGCAGAGUCAGUUAGCUAUUGCUGAGGGUCAAAUUGAGAACAAAAAUGAGGUAAUCACCCAAAAAGAUGAACAAAUGAAGGACAAAAACGAACAAAUCAAGGACAAAAAUGAGCAAAUAAAAAAUAUGGAGGAUGAAAUAAAUUCCCUAAGGAAUCAAACUAAAACGAUUUCCGAGGAGUUAUCUACUACAAAAAAACGGCUCUCAGAUUUAACCCAAGCCGAGUGGUGUCCAGUCGUCGAUAGAGAAGGCAUUUACACAAUAAAUCUUCGAGGAGUGAAUGUCUUUGAAGCUCCUUGCACUAAGGAUGGCUGGAUGAUCAUCCAAAAGCGGAUUAACGGAGACGUGGACUUUAAUCGGACCUGGGAAGAUUACAAGAAUGGAUUUGGGGACAUACAUGGAGAGUUUUUUAUUGGCCUGGAAAAGCUGCACCUCAUAACCCAAGCUAAAACCUAUGAACUGCAUAUUCAGCUGGGAGAUAUAAAUGGAACUACUAGCUACGCUCACUACGAUGAUUUCGAAAUUGGCAGCGAAAAGGAAGCCUAUUUUUUAAAAUCGAUUGGAAAAUAUUCAGGAACAGCCGGAGAUUCGCUAGAUUAUCACAAGGGAAUGAAGUUCACUACUUUUGAUAGGGAUAAUGAUAUUGAUUCGGAAAAUUGUGCACUAAACGAUAAAGGUGGUUGGUGGUUUAAAAAUUGUGCAAUGAGUAAGCUAAACGGAAAGUAUUUCAAAGAUGGAAAAUCGAACAAAAAAAAUGGCAUUACUUGGGGAACUUGGCAUAAUUACGACUAUACGAUCUCCCUCACCUUUGCUCAAAUGAUGAUAAAACCGAAACGUCUACAAGGCGAAUAAUCUACUAUCAACUAGACGGAAUAAAAUUGUGUUUUUUUUUAAUUUUUUUAAAUUUUAUACCAGCACUAAUUAGUUUUCAAAAAAUAUGUUUUUACUGUUAAUAAAAUUAAAAUAAAAUUUGUCAGUAAUGUAAAAUUUUUCUAAAAGCUUUUGUAAUUUUCUUAUCUUAACCUAAUAAACAAAUUUCAUUUUCUUGAAUAAGCAUUAUAUAAA